AUGCCUAUACUAAGUCAGGAAUUACACGAACAGGACGGCAGCAUGAAUUUCAGUGAAAAAGAUGGCGAAGUGAUUUAUCUUGUUCAGAGAAAGUCUGAAGCUAACUGUGAAUCCAAAGAUGAAAUACUCGAUUCAUGUGUGGGUGUUUUGGGUGGAUCGCGUUGUCAGUCAGGAGAGUUUUCCUGGAACGAGAAGACUCAAGGCUGGGUUCUUGGCGCCUUCUUCUAUGGCUACAUCAUCACACAGAUCCCAGGUGGAUAUCUGGCCACGAGAUUUGGCGCCAAACGUCUUCUCGCCGUUGGACUUGUCUGUACCUCCACCAUGACGCUGCUCAUACCAUUGGCGGGAAGACUUCACGUCGGUGUUCUGAUAGCGCUAAGGGUUGUCAGUGGAUCGGGAGAGUUUGAUACCGAUGAAGAUAGCUCGAAAUCGGAAGACAAUGUUCAGUCCAGUGAUGAAAGAUCUUCAUUUGGGAUUGUAUUCGGAAUGCCAAUAUCAGGAAUCCUCAGCGAUUCCAGUUUCCUUGGCGUAUGGCCCUCGGUGUUCUAUGUGUUUGGUGGCCUGGGUUUACUGUGGAUUGUGUUUUGGAUGUGGAUAAUUCACGAGACACCAGCCGAUCACCCAACAAUAACAAAGGCAGAACAACAGUAUACUGAGGCGUCCACUGGCAAAAAAGAGUACUUAUCUACUCCGUGGAAGAAGAUACUAACAUGUUCAGCCUUGUGGGGUAUCGCCGCUGCUCAUUUUGCAGAAUACUGGUUAUUUUUCAUGACCAUGACCUGCCUUCCGGCCUACAUGAAGAACAUACUCAAGUUUGACAUGAAGUCGAUUGGCUUCUUAUCUGGGUUGCCGUAUCUGUUGUUGUGGUUUAUGCAAGCGGUUUCAAGUUGUUUUGCUGACUUCUUGCGAGCAAACCACUACCUAUCAACUCAAAUGACAAGAAAAAUAUUCACCACUGCAGGUUUUCUAUUACCGGCAGUGCUUAUUGUUGGUGUCGGCUACACUGGCUGCGACCAUACUCUUGCAGUUGUUCUGUUAGCACUGACUUUAGGCACCUCCGGGUUGACCACGCCAGGAUACGUCGUCUGUCAAAAUUUACGAAUAUUAUUGGCAUGUCAAUGUGUUAGAAUUUUGUUUGGAAUCACUAAUACCUUGGCAACUAUUCCAAGAUUUGUGGCGCCUAUUGUUGUUGGGGUGCUUACCAAUCACAAUGAAACAAGUGGCCAAUGGCGGAUCAUCUUUUUCAUAUCUUCAGGAAUCAUAGUAGCCGGAGCUGCUAUUUUCGCACUUCUCGCCCGUGGUGAGGAGAUGCCGUGGUCUGGAGAAAACUCUGAGACGGAUAUUAUUAUAGAACCAUGA